UUCAAACGACACUUAACUGGUUCACCACAAAACUUUAUAAAUUUGUGUAAUUCGGAUAAAUACAGGAUGUUGCAUAUUUUUCAAAAAAAAAAUAACCGAUUUGUCUGUUCGGGAGGACGUGGCAAAUUGAAACUUUAAUGCAGUUCCUCGUGUCGGCAAAACAGCCGGAUCACACGAAUAUACCAAAGUGUACUUUAUACUGGAAAAUAGGAACAUCUUCAGGAACGUGAGCACGUUUAAGAUUGAAGUAACUACACUUUCCCCUAGUUGGCACUGGCCCAAAAUGGAUUUACAUCAGUUUUUUAAAACUAGGUUUUUCUGAGAUACAAAUUAAGUAAAUUCCAUUCCCCUUUCCCUUCCAGGAUAUUACCUCCUCCCGCUCUUAUGGGUGUUGUCCCUAAAGCUGUAAUCAUCCCUGACCCAGAGAUUUGACCAACUGGGGGAAGGGGAGAGGAGAGGACGGGGUCGCUCUUCAUUGUGUCACACAGUCUACGGCUCCUAUCAGUGGUUGUAUUAGCCAAGGCAGCAGCCAAUCAGGAAGGAAAGCACACUGUGCAUCCAUACGAUUAACUUGUUUAUGUGGUCGCCGUCCAUGGGAAUGCUGUGUGCUUCGAUUAUCCAGAAUUAUGUCUUCAGUGGGUGAUCAUUUCAUUACAGAUACAAUGAAACUCCAGUGCGAAGUGGAAGUUAUCAAUCGGAUGCUCCCGACCUUCGGUAUGAGGAAUAGAGGGAGAGGAAACCGAGCUGUUCUGUCCAUUGGGAAACACCACGAAAGGAACAUCAAAAACAACUCUGCAACCGUUCAUCUUUUGAUCUGUACCUUAAAAGACAAAGCAGGCUGUAAAUACAAGCUGAAAGAAAAUAUAGAGCAGUUUUUCACCAAAUUCGUGGAAGAAGGAAAAGCAACCAUCAGGCUAAAAGAACCAGCCGUGGAUGUUUGUCUGAGUAAGGCAGAUGUCAAUAAUUUGAAGAACUUCCUUUCCACUUUAAGGCUGGCCCACCGUGGUAGUGAAAUAGACACUAUACCAUUGUCCAACCUGGCUCCAGUUAAGACCUCUGAAGUUGAAAAGCCAAAAGCCAAAAUGGUGAUCACAUCUAGAAAGGAUUAUCCUCUCACCACAAACUUCCCUUACUCUCUUGAAUUUCUGCAGGUGUCCUACUGCAAACUAGCACGUGUGGAUAUGCGUAUGCUUUGCCUUCGAAAACUGCGGAAGCUAGAUCUUAGUAAUAACCACAUUCGCAAACUUCCAGCUACCAUCGGAGAUCUUGUUUGUCUGUCUGAGCUUGUUUUGCACAAUAAUCACUUGGAGACAUUCAGUGUCACUUUGUGCAACUCCACAUUGCAGAAAUCUCUGCAGUUUUUGGAUUUGAGCCACAACAGAUUGCGUGCUCUACCUGUUCAGUUCUGUCAACUACAAGAACUCAUUCAUCUAAAGCUUGAUGACAACGAGUUACUCCGGCUUCCUUACAGGAUUGGACAGCUAACUAAACUUCGCUUCCUCUCAGCAGCGCGCAACAAAUUGCCUUAUCUUCCAUGUGAUUUCCAGAGAUUGUGCCUUGAGAAUGUGGAUCUAUUUGGAAACCUUUUUGAACAGCCUAAUCCUCUGACUCCAACAAUUCAGCUGCAGAUUCCAAUGACCCUGUUAGAGACAGCAGCAAGAGCAACAGUAAAUUACAGAAUUGCUUAUGGACCGCAUAUCCUUCCAGCUCACCUGUGUCAAGAUCUGGAUUUGACUAAAACCUGCCUUUGCAGAAGACCUUGCUUGAACUCUUUCGUUCAAGUGGUUAUAAAUCUGAAUUUACACCAGGUCUCCCAUACUGUGGUUCUUGUGGACAACAUGGGUGGCACUGAGGCCUCAAUUCUCUGUUACUUCUGUUCGUUAACCUGCUACUCAGAGUUCCUUGACAAAUAUCAACAACGCAACAGAUGAUCAGUGUGAAAUAUUGUAGCUAAAUGGUAGGUUGCAGUAUAUUUCCCAAGAUGUUUUAAUUUUAGGAACUUGUAUUGAUGAGAGAUGAGCAAAAGCCUCAAGAAUGUACAGGAAGGCUAUUCAGCCAACAUAUCCAGCAUUGGUGCACACUCCUAAGGUGAGUGAAGUUGAACAAAAUGUACAUUUUAAGAACACUACAAACUAUUUGAACUCCAAAUCAGUAACUGGGACAAAACGUUUAACUUAAAGCUUUACAUUUUAAGUCUCAGGUUGAAAUGAUGUUCAGCAGUUUGGGUAGUAUAUUUUGUAAUCUUGGGAUCUUACAUGAAGCCUGUUUUGAUAGAAAAACUAGUAUUUGAGACUGUUUACAAUACUUUUUUAAGAAUUAAAUUUAAAUGGACCUUGAGACUGUGUAUAGAUUAAGUCAUGCUUAACUAUAGUUUAUACAAAGGAACAUAACAGUAUUCAGUGUAUAUAGAUCACUGGCUGUCUCAUUUUCCUACAGCAGUGUUUAAGCUUGAAGAUUGCAGUUGUCUUUUUAAUUGACAAUACUGUAAUGUAUAAGGAAUUUGUUUCAGUGUAUUUAGCAUUGUCAUUUAUAUUUAAUAAAAAUUAACUUAAUUCUGUUUUGUGUCCACUAAAAUUACACCAGACUGACCAAUAUUAAAACCAGUUAUAAUAUGAGGCAUCCUUGGAAAUGUUAGUUCCUUUUAUGAUUUUGUAUUUCAUAUCUGUUUUAUCACAAGUCAUUUUCUAUAUAGGGAAAAUGUGUUGCAUCUUGCAAUUUGGAUGUGUUGACAAUUUAGUCAAUGGUGAUGGUAGAUCUAGCUUCAAGAUGCCAGAUCUUUCCAGUUUGAACAGCACCUCUCAUGUGAUGAUUUGUUAAUCAGUGCUUCUGUGCAUUUGACCAAUGGAAUGACUUGUUUAGUCAUCAACACUGUCAACAUUGCACAACAUCUGGAUGUGAGGUUUUUAACCACAGGUUGCAUAUCUGGAGCAUCACUUCCUGUCAGAAACAUUGCGUUUUUGAUCAAUUAUAUCUGCCACACAGGACAGUGUAUCCACGCUUUAGUCUGUGUUUUACUGAUUUUAUUUACUUAUUAGUUAAUCUCCUUUGAUACUGUGGAGUCAAAUCCAAAUGUAAUAUUGAGGUGAAAAGGGGUAGAAGAAAUUUCUUACAGAAUUUUAAGCAACCUUUCAUUGACACUGCUGCAUUACCGAGCACCUGAGCAGAGUUGGAAAUACAGCUCAGUAGUGCAAUGGGAAUGGGCCCAAAAAUGCAGAAAUUAUUUUAUUUAAAAAUGUACUGGGAGAGUAUAUUUAAUAUUUAGAAGUCAUCCAACGGGUAAAAUUCUUUUCUGUCAUCUGACAAUUUGUUACUUGACACAGCAGAAAAGGUGGCAGAAUCCAAUUUGAAAGGGGAGGGAGAUUGCUCAGUUGUACCACUCAAUAGCCAAAGAAAAUCCUGUUAGAGCUUUGCAUAAAGGUGUUUCAGGCAAAAGGAUGACAUAUAAAUGUAGCAGCUACAUGUGGACACAUUUAACGUGCAGACUUAUGUAGGAUGUGUUACAUAGGGCCUUUUAAUAGGGGACAUGGCAGACACUUAUUUUAAUACUUGUAGCUGAAUUACAUUUGGUAACUAUAGGAAGAAAUGUUAUUGCCCUGUCGGAAACCAUUUUGAGGAGUGAUCUUAAACGAGUAUAGAUAAUCAUUAACCAAUGUAUAAAAGCAGCUGACUCAUAGCCCUGCAAAAAGUUGAGCUUUUAAAGUUGAAAACAAUUUCUGGUGGCUCAUUUUACUGUUAUAAUUGACUAUCUUAUCAGGUAUUUCAGCAGUUAAAUAAUUUCAAAAAUCAUACUGGUGGUAGGCCCAUAAACUGCACUGUAUACUCAUUUUUUUGGUGUGUGCCAUGUCCAUUGUAAAAUGGACCUGCUCCAAAAGUGUGCUGCUUAUAUCCUAAUCAAACCAAGCUUACUGAUUUGAUUUGGUUCCUGGUCUGCAAUGCUUUUUUUUAAAAUCUCAUCUUGUUUUCAAAUUCCUCCAUGGCCUCACCCCUCCCUGUCUCUUCCUUCCUUUGACCUUCCAACCAUCAGAUCUCUGCUCCUCCGAUUCUGGCCUCUUGUGAUUUCCGUUGCUCCACCAUUGGUACCCAUGCCUGCAGCUGCCCAAGCCCCGAGCUUCCCCUGCUUCUCUCUUUCUCCUCCUUGAGGUGCUCUUUAAAACCAUCAGUGGCAUAGUGUUAAAUUUUGUUUGCUAAUACUGUUGUGAAGUUUACCUUGAGAUGUUUUACAAUGUUAAAAGUUCUAUGUAAAUGCAAGUUAUUGUUAACAACAAUGUAGCAAGCAGUGAAAACUUGCCUCCUGCUGAAAAAUAAAACUAAUGUUGCAUCCUUCA